AUGGAUAAUGUAAUAUCAUGGGAUCCUACGGUCGGUCAGCCCGAGACCCUCGAAGCACCUUUUACUUAUAUAAAAUAUAAUUGGUACAAGUUUUGUGUGGCUCUGCUUGCUACGUUUGGUUUUGCGCAUGCAACCUUCGGCAAGGAACAUGUCCACAUACGAGUGCAUAUAAAGGAACCAGUUCAUAAAGAAGAACACCACAAAGAAGUAAUCAUUCAUGACCAUGGUGGCGGUGGUGGAGGUGGCCACGGUGAUUUUGGCGGUGGCUUUGGCGGCGGGGGUCAUGGAGGCGGUGGUGGUGGCCACGGCGAUUUUGGAGGUGGCUUUGGCGGCGGCGGUUAUGGAGGAGGCCAUGGCGGCGGAGGAGGACACGGAGGUGGUGGCGGCGGACCCACUAUAAUCAUAGAACAACAUGAUGGUGGUGGUGGGGGCGGCGGCCAUGGCGGAUUCGGCGGUGGAUUUGGAGGAGGCCAUGGUGGAGGUGGUUACGGAGGCGGCGGCGGUGGCCACGAUGAUCAUCAUGGUGGCGGAGGAGGAUUUGGCGGAGGAUUUGGAGGAGGCCACGGAGGCGGUGGUGGUGGAGGCCAUGGCGGUGGCGGUCACCAUGGUCCGGGAUUAGCGGAAACAUUAAUUGGAGGUUUUCUAAGCGGCGGAGGCCACGGCGGAGGCGGCCAUGGAGGUGGUGGCCACGGCGGUGGUCACGGCGGAGACUUUGGCGGUUACGGUGGUGGUGGCGGCCACGAUGAUCAUCAUGGCGGCGGCGGAGGUGGCUUUGGAGGAGGAUUUGGGGGUGGUUUUGGAGGAGGUGGCGGCCACGAUGAUCACCACGGAGGUGGUGGCGGAUAUGGAGGCGGCGGAGGCUUUGGAGGUGGCUUUGGCGGUGGUGGCGGAGGGCAUGAUGACCACCACGGAUGGUUGGAUUUGGAGGAGGAGGUUUUGGCGGUGGCGGCGGUCACGACGAUCACCACGGAGGUGGAGGAGGAUACGGCGGCGGCGGUGGCUUCUCAGGUAUCUUUGGCGGCGGUGGCGGACAUGGUGAUCAUCACGGAGGAGGAGGAGGAGGUGGAUUUGGAGGAGGUCACGGAGGUGGCGAUCACCACGGAGGAGGAGGUGGAUAUGGAGGCGGCGGAGGAUUUGGCGGUGGACACGAUGAUCACCAUGGCGGAGGAGGUGGCGGCUUCGGCGGUGGUUUUGGAGGCGGCCACGGUGGCGGAGGCGGUGGUUAUGGAGGAGGACACGGGCGGCGGCGGCGGCGGUGGUCACGAUGAUCACCACGGAGGUGGUGGCGGCUAUGGAGGAGGAGGUUUUGGAGGCGGAUUUGGUGGUGGACAUGACGAUCACCACGGUGGUGGUGGAGGAGGAUUUGGCGGCGGUUUCGGAGGCGGCCACGGUGGGGGAGGUGGUGGUUAUGGUGGCGGUGGACACGAUGACCAUCACGGAGGAGGUGGCGGAGGAGGUUUCGGCGGCGGACACGGCGGAGGCUCCGACAGUUAUUCUGGAGUAGAUAGCUAUAGUGUAACUAGUCACGGAAGCUUUGGCGGCGGCGGUGGUGGAGGCCAUCACGGAGGCGGCGGUGGAUUCGGUGGUGGCCACGGAGGUGGUGGUGGCCACGGAGGCGGUAGCGGACAUGGUGGUGGUGGCCACGGAGGUGACAGCUACCUGAAUGGUGCUUCCGGUGGAUUUUCACCUAGCGGCCCAUAUCAUUAA